AUGGGUGCUAAAUCGAAAUCUGUUAGUCCCUCGGGGCCAGAGGGGGGCCACGCCCACUCAAGCUCAGUACUGCGGUUUUUCUUCUGCGCCUCGGGCAUCUUUGUCUGCUUCUUUUUCUUUGGCAUCCUGCAGGAGCGCAUUAACCGCGGGGAAUAUGGCGAAGGUCCGGCUACGGAACGUUUCACGUACACGUUGGCCUUGGUGUUCUUCCAAUGCGUGGUCAACUAUCUAUACGCCGUGAUCAUGUCAAAGGUCGUACUCAAGCAAGGCCAAGACCGGACUAAAAGCUCGUACUAUGCCAUUUGCGCCUUCACCUAUCUGACCGCUAUGGUGUCCAGCAACAAAGCGCUGACAUGGGUCAAUUAUCCAACUCAGAUCGUGUUGGGUGUGGCCAUGUUCAUGUUCAAGGACGUCAAGGUUGAUGAUAAGAGCGAUGGAUCUCUUUUGGGUCUGGGUGAAAUUAUGCUCCUGCUCUCACUUACUUGCGAUGGUUUGACCGGGGCCGUUCAAGAGCGAAUGAAAUUGGACUAUCAGACCAAAUCCGGUCACAUGAUGACCUCUAUGAACAAGUGGUCGGUGUUCUACUUGGGUAUUGCCCUGACUGCCACGGGAGAGCUAUGGGAGUUCUUCGGAUUCGUUCAAAGACAUCCCAGCGUGUUAUACGAACUGGGCUUAUUCUCCAUUGCCAGUGCUCUGGGUCAAUACUUUAUUUUCAUGUGUGUGAGCGAGUUUGGACCCUUGCCAUGCUCCAUCUGCACAACCACACGGAAAUUCUUCACGGUCAUGGGUUCGGUGGUCAUCUUUGGCAAUUCGCUCAUGCCCAGGCAAUGGAUGGGUGCCACUUUGGUGUUCACCGGCUUGUUCUUGGAUGGAUUGUAUGGCCGCGAGGCACCAAAAAAAGCCGUGAAAUGA